GGGAGCAAAAGUGGAGGCGGAGUCAAAGCUUGCUCACAAGAGAUUUACCUGAAACUGGAAAACAGCACAGCAGGCUCCACCCUCAAGAUUCCGGAAAAAUCUGCCAAACUGCAGGAUGAAAACUGACAAUGGGUUUACUUUCUUCUUCGAGAUAGUUGGCUGAAUCAGCAACUCACUCCACCAUGAGAACGGGACUAAUCAGUUACCUGCUUUAAGACGGCAGUAAUUGAUCUGGAAAUUAAACACCUUGCCCUGUGAGAGGCUGGAAAAGAUCAAGGUGAUAUAGCAGAAAGAGCGUCUAACCUGGAGUCAGUGUAAUUGAAUGAGACUGUAAGCUCACCCUGAUAAACAAAGCCUGGAGAAUUCUCACUGUUUGCAAGCUCAGCUUGUAAACAGCAAAUACCCUUUGGAACUGCAGGUUACCAUCACAAUCUGUGCGCAUGGACUAUUUAUGGACUGGAGAACUGCCUUCCUUCACAUCAGGUUUGCACCUUUUAGUUGCAUCUACCUUAGAUAUUAGCCUUAGCAUGAGAAAGCCAUCCAGUGUGAAACUGCACCAUUGGCUGAAGCUCAUUACUAAUAAGGAGCAGGAUGCUGGAGAGAUUUGACACAGAGAAAUAGCAAGAUUGCAUUAAGAAAAGCAGCAAUAGUCAUCCAUCGGUGAACUUUAUGUUAUCCUGUCUUCUGAGAUAACUCCAGGCGCAGCAAAUCAUCGGAAGUGCAUCUUUUCCUCGACCCCGUUGUGAGAGAUGGGAAUCGUUAUGGAACUGAGUAAGGAAGAGAAUUAGACAAGAUAGUGUGUUUCAAGGCACUGGGUGAAUCCAUAGGACAGACGCAGACUUAUGGAUGGUUGGAAUAAUGUUACCUAUGAUUUUCCUGUGAACUUCUGCAAACCUACUAACACGCAAGGCAAAUAAAUGUCCGGGCAUAUAUCCAAGGCUGCUAUAUUUGUAGUAUCGAGGAUGUGCAGAAGAAUAUGAAUGAAAAGGUGAUACUGAAAAGCAUAAUGUGGAAUUUAAAAUGUCUAUUCAACUGAAAAACAUGUUCAAAAAUGAGGUGAAUACUGCUUUCCAGUUCCUGAAGUUUCUGUUAACUAAUCUGAUGUGAUAUGGCUAUAUAUUAAGACCAUGAUUCUCUUGUUAUCUAUAGGUUCUAAAUUAAUCUGAACAACUUUAAAGAUUUUCGUCAAAUAAUUAUUCAAUUAGUAGAACACUUUUGAGUUUUGCUAUAUGUGUUUUCAAAAUCUUGUAUAUUUCUAAGACUUAGAUAGAUAUUGAUUUUCCUUUUGAAUGACUGUGGACAAUUUCUCCAGAUGUCUGAGCAUUCUGAGAUCACAUCUGGCCGACCACCAGCAAAUCCUUUUCGUAUCCAACAGAGUAUCCUGGAGGAUCAGGUGGAACUGUGGUGGUUCCAGGACCUUAAGCGCUCAAUCUUAUGUUACUCAGUGGCUGUGGUGCUGAUCCUGGCCACUGGAUUGGGAGGAAUUGUUUUAUUGUCUACAGCCACUAGUAAAUCGAGUGAAUGGCGGCUGGGAGUUGGAACCAUCCUGUGCCUCCUAGCUUUAGGCAUCCUCUUAAAGCAGCUGCUAAGCUCUGCAAUCCAGGAUAUGAACUGUAUGAGGAACCGGACCCAAAUUAACAAGCUGAGAAGUGGAGGGUCAAUUGAUUAUUUGCUUAUUUUAAUUGCUGGAUUUGUAAUACUCAUAUGUGGUUAUGUGCUGAUAAUCCUGGCAAAUUCCGAUCCUCAUCUCUCAGUCAGGUCCUGGAGUGACAUGUUAAUUGCAGGUGUUGCUAUUACACUGUUUGGCUCCAUCAUUCUUCUCCUGCUCCUUCUCUACAGUUUAGUCUUCAGGCUUUGCCCCCACGUGGUCUCUGGGACUUCAGGUAGAGCGGAACUGAGCAUUUAUGUCAUUCCCGCAGCUGUUACAGAUGAGAGGCAAAGACAAGUCUCUUCCAGUACAGCCAACCUGAUAUAGGAUGGGCACUCCCGAUCAACAUAAGGAAUUGUUUAAACAGUGAAAUGACUGGUUUGUCUCGCUUUUGUAGUGGACACAGAGCACAUAACAGCAGGAAUAAGCUUAUAAUUAAUUAAUACCAAAAUCAAAUUUGUUUGAGUCUAAUCUUAAACUUUAGUAGGCUGGUAGGAAUCUGGCACAACAUACAAGCAGAAAUUUGAUAUCACCUUAUGAAAAGAUUAACCCAUUGCUAAUCAAUGGCUGUAGACUAAUCACUGCAGUUGUCACAAAUGGCACUCACAACAAAGCACUUUGGUUCUGAUAUAUUACAGGAGCAAACUGAAUUAAUGUCAAACAUAAAUGCACUUUGCUUUGGCCAAGUCAGGAACAAAAGGUACUGUUUAGCUGCUUAUAAUAAAUGCAAAUAACUGUUAAAUA